AUGCUUGGAACGCAACGUUCGCCAUCGACGUCUCAGCAUCAAGAUUCCUCUCCUCUUCUCGGAGCUACUUCUGGUCAAAACAAAGAAAUGAAUGAAUAUAAUAGCAAUAUUCAAUACGAAUAUCAAAAACAAGAAAGAGAGGAAAUCCCAGCCCAUGAGGAAACAUCAUUACAACAAGCCAUUCAAGGCUAUGGAAGUCAUCAAAACAGUCCUCCAACGUUGAGAUUGGUCGGAGAGGAAGGAUCAUCACUUUCACGACACCUCUCUUCCUAUGAUCAUGUGGAAGAAGGUGGAAAUGAAGAGGAGAAACCGAAAAAAGAAAAGAAAAAGAGAGAACCAGCAAAGACAAGAGAUUUAGUUGCAUUUUUCAUUUGUGGAUUAUUAAAUAAUUAUAGCUAUGUCAUUAUGCUUUCAGCUGCAGAGGACUUGAUUCAUGGACAAAGUUCAAUAGUUUUACUUGCAGAUAUUCUCCCGACACUAGUUUUAAAAGCUAUAGCUCCAUUUUUCAUGCAUGCCAUUCCUUAUAAUAUUAGAGUUGGCCUUGCAGUGAUACUAGCUCUUGCAAGCUUCCAAAUGGUUGCUUGGUUUGAUAACAUUGGUCUUAAAUUAGUUGGUGUUGUGAUGGCUUCUCUUAGCUCAGGAGGAGGAGAGAUUACUUUUUUAGCCAUGUCAAGUUACUAUCACAAAAAUACCGUUUCUGCAUGGUCGUCAGGGACUGGAGGCGCGGGUAUAUUUGGAGCCUUGUCGUAUUUGGCCCUUAAAGGAUGGUUUCAAUUGUCACCAAGUAUUUCACUAUCAAUCAUUACUCCUUUACCACUGUUGAUGCUGUUAGCGACAUUUGUCAUUAUGAGUGGAGCUCACUAUGCCAAUGGCUUCUGUGCAAGAGGAAAAGGAGUCCAAAAAGACAAAAAAACAUCAUUCGAACCGCUCACCAUGAAUGAGAAAUUGAAACUAGUUUUGUACAUGCUUCCACUGACAACCGUUUAUUUUGCUGAGUAUCUCAUUAAUCAAGGAGUUGCUCCAACGAUUACCUUCCGAAAAGAACUAAUUCCAGCAAAAGACGACUACAUGUAUUAUCAAUUUUUAUACCAAAUUGGAGUGUUUAUUUCAAGAUCAUCUGUGAACAUUUUCCCAAUCAAGCGUUUGUGGGUUCCUGCUGUCCUUCAAUGCUCACUCUUUGUGUUCCUCUUAUUAGAUGCAUAUUUUAGAUUUGUACCUGCCAUUUUCUUCACAUUUGCUUAA